UUGGUCUACGUUAUUGAAUAAAUUAGUAGUCUAUGAAAAUAAAUUGAGAAACAAGGACAAAAAUUUGAAAACCGUAAAAUUACUGUGCAAAAACACUUUGAAAAAUCGAGAAAAAGUACUCUAAAGAAGAAGAAAAAGGAGAAAAACUACAAGAAGUGAAGAAUUUUUUACAAUUAUUGUUUUUUUAAAAUAACACAAUCAUCACAAAAUGGCAACUUCGACGUCAUUUUCAUUUGAUCGCUUACUGUACAACUUGAGCUCACAUAUUGAGCAACCUGUACGUCAUCACUUGGCCAAAGUCUAUUGUUUGUUGUUCGCGACAUGCGGCGCAGCAGCGGCAGGCUCCAUUGUGCAUUUAAGUGGCUUGUGGGAAGCAAACUUGUUGUCAGCCCUCGGCGGCCUUGGACUGGUCAUCGCUCUCGCAUUCACACCAGACAAUGGAAAAAAUUUCAAUCAGCGUCUCGCGAUGUUGCUUGGCUUUGGCGCUCUCACAGGACACUCGAUGGGCAUGUUGUUGGAAUUUGCAAUCUUUUUGAACCCCGCACUGAUCGUCACCGCACUCAUGGGCACCACAAUGGUCUUCGUGUGCCUUAGCAUUACAGCAUUGUUUGCGCGUCGCGGACAAUAUUUGUUCCUCGGUGGCAUGGCAAUGAGCGUCUUGAGCACCAUGAUGCUCAUCAGUCUCAGUAACUUGUUGUUCCGCUCGCAACUCAUCAACGACAUCAACUUGUACUUGGGCUUGGCAGUGAUGUGCGGCCUCGUCUUGUACGACACACAAAUGAUCAUGGAAAAGUGCCGAAUGGGCCACAAGGAUGCCAUUCAACACUCGCUCGAUCUCUUCUACGACGUCGUCAACAUCUUCAGAAAACUCUUGAUUAUCCUCAUGCAAAAGGAAUCCAAUCGUGAUAACCGCAAACGCAAGAACUAGACUGGCCAAAUAUCGUCGAGGGUUCCUUUCGCUGACAAAUUGGAGAGAAACUCUUUUUUAAAUAAUUUUUUUUUCGCAAAUUUGGUAAUUGGGGAAUAAAUAUUAAAGAUUUCGCCCAAUCUAUGUGUAUUUUUACUAUACUAACUUUUAAUUACACUAGACUUAAGAGAACUUGAUAUUUUUCUGGUACUGUAAAGAUAAAUUCUGUAAAGAAAAACAGCAUUUUUUCUGUUUUUUAAUGAUAAAUUUUAAUUUAAAUGUUGUUAAAGCACUUAUUUUAAAAAAUAAAAAGAAAGAAAUAUUCAAGAGAAGCACGAUUUUUUUAUUUUUUCAUUAAAAAUUGUUGAGAAAAUAUUUUGUGACUUUGUAAAAAAAAUUAAAAAAGUGAAAUUGAUGUUUGAAUUAUGAAAAAAUUGUUAAAGAAAGUUAUAUAAUUUGAAUUCAGGAAUAAAAAUGAAUUAAAUAAAUGAGAUUUUAAAUCAGAA